CACUGUUGCGUACAAACACUGGACCACUGCACGAUCGUCGAGGAAAAUUCACGCGUCCCUGCACAACCAGGUCAUCGCUCUAUACCCAACCGCUUCCUCGCUAAGAAGGCUGAAUGAUGGCAUCGCCGCGCUCUCUUGCUCGACCUCGCACUUCAAAUAACUCUCGUACUGGGCGUCCAAAUGGCUCAAGAGCAAUCCAAGCGAAUCGGCCGCGUGGUCCAUGUGCUGAGAUUGCCGCCUCAACCCUACAAUGGAGGAUUCCGCGCGACUCGCACCGAGGACCGAUGAUACAACCGCCCAAGUUCCACCGCCUGUUCAUGUUGAAGCUGGACUAGACACGAGACAUGUACCCACCCGGUAUUCCCUCAGGAAUAGUGCGAUACGCUCGAGAGACGCGCUCGCUUCACGAUACCUCAUGCAUCAUGCCGUGCUCAAUCUUCCUAGUCGCUAUCCUUGGUCCACGCACUGCACAUAGAGCCCCCAUUCCGCGACGCUGGUGCUCUCGUUCUCGUCGAUUCCUCGAACCCAACGGGACGUUUUCCUUUGUUCACGUGUUAGCAGCUAUGCGUGCCGUACUCACUCGUCUUCUUGCGAAAUCACAGGGACGAUGUUCUGACACAUCAACAUGGGUCCUUGGGGAGCGUGGCUCUACAUGUAGCAACAGGUAAUGGACAAUCGGCCUAUCUGUUCUUCGUAAACAGAGG